UAAAAGGAGUGGAAUUGCGAUUGGAUUAGGAAAGGGGAAAACACAGUAUAAAAAUAGAGUGGGUUUUCAGUUUUGUUCACAUCUGAUCAACCAUGACUUACAAAGUUGCGUCACCGACGGAGUUGCUGGCCGUCACCGGAUGGGGAAUCAGAGACAUAAAACUGGUGAAGAAAGCAUACGUUUGGCCGUUUCAAAAAUGCACCCGAGUCGACCUCUCGCCGGUCAACUAUACCUUCGAGGUUCAGGCCAUGAGCGCCGAGAAGCUUCCAUUUAUCCUGCCGGCGGUCUUCACAAUUGGGCCACAAGUGGAGGACCAAGAAAAAGUCCUCCUUUACGCGAAACUACUGUCCUCUCACGAUAAGCAGUCAAACCAUGUGAAUGAACUUGUACAGGGCGUUAUCGAAGGGGAAACUCGGGUGUUGGCGGCAUCCAUGACCAUGGAGGAGAUAUUCAAAGGGACCAAGGAGUUUAAAAAGGAGGUUUUCGAGAAGGUUCAACUGGAACUCAACCAGUUUGGGCUGCUGAUCUACAAUGCCAAUGUCAAACAGUUGGUGGACGUGCCGGGUCACGAGUAUUUUUCAUAUCUCGGCCAGAAGACUCAGAUGGAGGCCGCCAAUCAAGCCAAGGUGGAUGUGGCGGAGGCCAGGAUGAAAGGACAGGUUGGAGAGAAGUUGCGUGAUGGGCAGACGAGGCAAAACGCAGCGAAGAUUGAUGCAGAAACCAAGAUUAUAAAGAUGCAGAGAGAAGGAGAAGGAGAAAAAGAGACGGUUAGGGUUAAGACUGAUGUUCAGAUAUUUCAGUACGAGAAGGAGGCUGAGGUGGCAGAGGCUAAUGCGGAGUUGGCGACUAAGAAGGCUGGGUGGACUCGGUUGGCUCAGCUGGCCGAGGUGGAGGCGUCCAAGGCCGUGGAUUUGAGGACCGCUGAGUUGCAGUCCGAGGUAGAACGGAAAAAUGCCCUCACUCGAACGGAGAAGCUCAAGGCUGAGUUUCUGAGUAAGGCCAGCGUCGAGUAUGAUAUUAAGGUGCAAGAGGCAAAUUGGGAACUGUACAAGAACCAAAGGGCUGCAGACGCAGUUGCAUAUGAGAAACAGAAGAGUGCAGAGGCACAAAAGGCUAUCGCAGAUGCAGCCUUCUACGCAAGUCAACAAGCUGCGGAGGCAGAUCUCUACGCCAAGAAGAAAGAAGCGGAGGGAAUCAUGGCCAUGGCAGAAGCACAAGGCGCCUACUUGGACACCCUGCUGAAACAACUUGGAGGGAACUAUGAAGCUUUGAGGGACUAUAUCAUGCUCACCAAUGGUGCUUAUCUAGAAAUUGCUAAGAUCAAUUCUCAAGCUGUGCAGGGACUCAACCCCAAAAUCAGCAUCUGGACUGGUGCUAAUGGCAAUGGCGAUCAUGGCGGCAAUGGGGCGAUGAAGGAGGUUGCCGGAGUAUAUAGCAUGUUGCCGCCAUUGUUGAAGACUGUGAAUGAACAGACUGGCAUGUUGCCCCCUCCAUGGCUGGGGAAACUGACUGAAGCCGGCAGUUCUGCUUCCAAAUGAGCCCUUGUCUCAUCAUUAAUUAGCAACUCCAUCUUUUUCUAACAUAGCUGAUGAACCUUUUUUUUUUUUUUUUUUUAAGGUCUUUCUUUCUUUUGAUAUUAAGUAGUAGUUGUUAGUGUUACUAUAAAUAGUGAAGCUUUUAUGAACAACAUGUGAAUAUAUUUUUAACCAA